CUGGUCUAAAUUCAGACUUUACCUUGAAACGACAGCGUCCCCUAGCGUUUAAAAAAGAACACGAUUUCCCGCAGUUCUGUAAAUGACCGCAGGAUGGCAGUGUGUGCACAUAUUCUGGAGAGUGUGGGCACGCGCACGAGUGCGCGCGGGAGUGUGAGUGUAAGACAGAAAAAAAGGCAGAAAGAGUCAGAUAGAUUACAGAUGUGCAUCAAAGUCGACUCUUGGAAAUCACAUGGUGCUUCCUGAGCAGACUGGGGUGCGUUAGCUUUCAAUAAUCCGCGUGCUGGUUGGCUGAACGGCUCCCAUCUCUUCAUUGUCAAAAAGAAAGUCAUCGCACUCCCCAUCGAGGAGGAGGAAGAGGAGGAAGGGAGUGCAUCGCCUUUGCUGCUUACGAGCUAAAGGUCUAUAGAAAGCAGCCGGCACGCGGACCGGAAAGGCGGGCUGUGCAGACGCUGGACUACGGCGCAGCAAUGAUGGGCAAAUCUGUGAAAGACGUUGACAGAUACCAGGCUGUUCUAAACUCUUUACUGGCGCUGGAAGAGAACAAAUUCUGCGCCGAUUGCGAAUCCAAAGGUCCAAGAUGGGCCUCGUGGAAUUUAGGCAUCUUCAUCUGUAUCCGCUGCGCUGGUAUUCAUAGAAACCUCGGGGUCCACAUCUCCAGGGUCAAAUCGGUCAAUUUGGAUCAGUGGACGCAGGAGCAGGUUCAGUGUGUUCAAGAAAUGGGAAAUGCAAAAGCCAAACGUCUCUAUGAGGCGUUUUUACCUGAGUGCUUCCAGCGCCCAGAGACAGACCAGGCUGCAGAGAUUUUCAUCAGGGACAAAUAUGACAAGAAGAAGUACAUGGACAAAGUCAUUGAUAUUCAGAUGCUUAGAAAAGAAAAGAGCUGUGACAACAUCCCCAAGGAGCCCGUUGUAUUUGAGAAGAUGAAACUGAAAAAAGACAGCAGCCCGAAGACAAACUCACAGUCUGUCACAGACCUGCUUGGACUUGAAGCCCCUGCUCCAAGCCCUGCGGUGUCUAAUGGUGGAGGAUGUAGUUCAGACAGUAAUGAGAGCCCAGCUCUGGCACACCCUCCUCUCGAUCUCUUCAGCUCCCUCCCAGCCCCCUUUGCUGCUUCCUCUUCAAAAUCCAUGCCAGUUUCUGGCUCCAUGCCUCAGAGUAGAGUGACUGCCUCAGUGCCUGAAAACCUCAGUUUAUUUUUGGACCCCAAACCCAAAUCGAAUGAAGGAACUGUCAAGAAACUGUCCAAGGAUUCUAUUCUGUCCCUGUAUGCCUCCACUCCCUCAGUGCAUGCCAGCAGCGUGGCUGCACCUGGUGGAUUGUACAUGAACCAGAUGGGAUACCCGACACAUCCGUAUGGUCCAUACCAUUCUUUGGCCCAGGUGGGAGGACUAGGAGGCACCAUGAUGACAUCACAAAUGGCCGUGAUGGGACAGCAGCCAAGCAGCAUUAUAGGGGUUCAACAAAACAACCUGGUUGGAGUCCAGCAGAACUGUGUGAUGGGACAGCAGAACGGACUAGUGGGUGCUCAUUGUGUCCUGCCACAGUCCAGUGGUGUGGUUGCAUCACCUUACGUGGCAGGAAUGAGCCAGGGCAUGAUGGGACAGCAGCAAAGCGCAAUGGUGGCUCAGCAACAGGCUGGAGGCUUAGCAACAUUACCGCACCAACACGUUUAUGGCAUGCAACAGAUGCAACAGGUUCAGUGGAAUGUUGCCCAGAUGACGCCGCACAUGGCUGGAAUGAAUCUCUACAGCAGCAAUGAGGGGGUGGGAUACGGCACUCAGCACAUGGGCAGCUCAUCGACGCCAAGCUCAGCACACAUGACAGCACAUGUCUGGAAAUGAUCGCUGUCCAUCCAACACCACACAACCGUCGGAUCAAACUCAUCCUGGAAGACUAGUUUCUAGUGCAGGAGAGGAAGGGAAGAGUUUUUUCUCUCCCCUGCCCAAUGCUUCCUCUUGGCAUAUCACCCAUAGCCAUAUUCUACAGAUUCCCAUGUUUGCCUUCAGGACAUUUUUGUAUUCUGGCCAAGACAACAGGGUUUAGUGGCAUCUGGUUAAAACUCCAAAUCUUUCUUUCUGUCAAACUUGUAACAAGCAGAUGCUUUGAGUUUGGAGUUCAAAUGCUUUUUUUUUUUUUUAACCUAGCUCCACCAUCUCUACAAAUGAUUAAAAACAAGGACCCUAAAGAUAGCCUUGUAUGUAACAGGCUUUAUGGAUCACAAUAAAAUAACGAUGCACUACCUAGGUCUCCAAUAACGUUUGCCUAAAAAAAAAAGUGAGUUUUAUAACAAAGUACACCAACAGCUUAAUCGGAUUUUAAAAUAUGAUGAUUUUUAUCUCAAGUUUAGCUUUGAUUUUUUUUUUUUUUCGAGCAAUGUGGGAAGAGCUGUUUUUAGCGUUCGCACCCUAAGUUAAGAUAAGCUAAGCUAUUUUUAUUUACUUCCUUUUCUUGGUUUUUGCCAUUUCAGUUGUAAUUACGGCUCCUUUGAAUAGAAAACUAAACUGAUUUUAGAAUGAAAUAUUAUUGGGAACGUAUCAUUUUUGUGUUUUAAUACACUUUUUCGCUAUUAUUAUUUAAAUACAACUUUUGCUACUUACACUUUAGAGUCAUCUUUGGGGACAUUUUUUUCUUUUUGCUCUUAAGGACUUUUUCACAGUUGUAUGUUAGAAGUCGGCUUAUCUAUUCAUCAUGAUACGGUCUUGAACAACGGGGGACAUGAAAAACAUUUAGCUCUUAUUAUUGUUUUUUAUGACUGUUAAUGGUCAUUAAAAUGUACAUAUAUAUUAAUUUUAUUAACAUAAUCAGCAAUGAAACCAAUUAGUUAAUCUUCAUUUUUAAGUCAUGUGUGCAUCAUUCUCACUAUAAGAAGGCACAAUGUGCAAAAUUUCCUUAAAUAUUUCAAUUAUUCUUUCUUUACCAAACUUUUAUUUUGAAAAAUCUGUUUGACUAGUGCACAUAUAUUGAUUAUUUCACAAACUGGAACUGUUGGGUUAUGCCAUAUCAACAUUUCAGAGGGCUUCGUCUGCAAAACUAUACUCUCAACUUUUGAGUGUUAAACGAAUCCUAAACUGGACUUUUGGGAGACCAAAGAUCAACACAAGCUUUACCAACACUGUACAGUAUUCUAAUAUUCUCCUGGUACCACCGAACUAGUGAACACAGCGUACUGAUUGGCUUUUACAAUUCAGUGAUGGCAAAAUGCAUGCAUUGUUAUCACAAAAAGUGCGCACAUGAUGUUAAGAAGCUACCUUGUUCAAUAGUGGCCUCUGCUAAUGUUGAAUGACUGUAAAGUGAAAGAGAUGAGUUUCAGAUUCCUGCUUUGAAAGGAUAUUUAUCUGGUUUAAAUGUACUGUAUGUUCAAGAUUACUGAAUGUUUCUUCAUGUACAUGUUGAUCAGUCAACGCUGAAAUAUGAAUGACCAUCCUGAAUGUGCUCAUGAUUGUGCUGGAUUUGUGUUUAGUAAACACACCUGAAUUUUGCUGCUGGUUCUUUUUGUUGUUGUUUUUUUUUUCUAAAUUCAUCCAAGUCUUAAUAUAACUACCUGAGUUAGGAGGAAUCUUUGAAUGACCAUAAGCUUUUUCCUUUUUUUUUUCUUUGUUACUUGUGUUUACAAUUGGGCCAAUGGACAUUAUUAUCAAAAAAUGUUUCUAUUUCUCCACCUACUAUAAAUGCAUGACACAGCUACUGUAAAUAAAGCCAGCCUUGUCACUUGUUUUUGUUCGGCCAUGUUUGUGACAAUUUGCUGCUUUUCAUACGGCGAUACACAACACUCUAGCUGGCGACAGACCAGCAGCAUAAGCGUGGUCUGUUCUGUCAGGCUGUUUUUUGUUUGUUCGUUUUUUUUGGAACCAGGAGUAGUACUGACAGCAGGAGCAGCAGUCUCCUCUCUGCGGACAGCAAUUAUAAAGAAUGUGUCAUCUCUUCUCUCCGCUCUGUGGAAGGGUUUACUCCUGAAAACGCUGUAACAUAUUUGUUGAUCCUCAUUCAUAUCUGGUUUGUCUUCUGUGAGCCGAUAGAUAAAGAAAGGUGUAUUUUUUCUUUACUUUUCAAUCAAGAUUUUGCGCAUUUUAUUCACUACAAGUUUAUUAAUGCACAUUAAUUUUCGGAACAAUUGAUGAAUCUUGAAUGUUCUGUAAACUUGUAUCAUACUUUGUGUCUUUUGGUUUAAUGUCUGCACAGUUCAAUAAAAUUUACAUAUAUAUAUAUA